GCGUUUUGUUAACAUCCACAGAGCAUAUUCCCUCGACUUAUCUUCAAGUUACCAUAACAAAACAAGCCAACAUCACAUCUCAACAUCUACAACUCCUUUUCCCACUCACUCACCUCCUCACCACAACAUGCGGACCUCCAAGACACUUCUCUGCACCCUAGCCCUCAGCUGCCAGGCAUCUGCUGGUCCUAUCAAGGCCAGGGAGUGUCUGUUUCCCGAGCCCUCCACCCAGAUCUGCUACGCCGCCCCAGAUGCCACACCGCAGAACCUGAACCCGCUGGAGGUGGACUUUGUCGCCCGGUACCUGCGCAGCUACCAGGCGCAGAACGUCAAGGACGGACUCUCGCCGUUCUGGAAGAUGCCUCUCCCGGAUGCGGACAACUGCGGCGAGUGGCAGGUCACCGUCAAGGGCGGCACCUGGGUGCUGGCCAAGCUCGUCGGAAGCAAUGCCGCCGCCGUCACCUUCAACGACAUCGCAAACACCAUCGAUGGUGGCACCGGCGCGUCGGCAGAGCAACAGGAGGCGUCCCUCUUCAACUGUGGCACUGAUGGUGGCCAGCAGGGCGUCAUCGUCAACGGCACGGAUCCUCUAUACGAGAGUGACGAGUUUGUCAAUGGAGGGUUCACCAACGAUGGUAUCAUCAUCAAGCUUGUCCACGCCCCAGCAGCUUAGAGGCUAUUAGGGAGCGGAGCGCCGGAUGUCAGGCCUCUAGGGAGAACAUGAUGUUAUCGGUUAGGAAGGGACAGACUAGGAAGGGACAGACUAGGAAGGGGGAGACUGCUUGAGGAGAUGGUUCAUUCAGCCCGUCCGUCUUAGAUAGUUGUCGGUAGCCAAGGGGUAGACGACUUACUGAAUAAUCAGAG